AGACAGGCAGCGCCUUGGCCACCUGGUAGGGCUGGGUCGCCUAGCAACGGCGGGGUCCUUCCAGGCUCCGCGGCGCUCCGGGCCUGCGGGGGAGAAAACGGCCGCGGAGGGCGCUGGGGGCCGGUGGCGGCGGCGCGGGAGGCGGUAACGGGACGGCGACGCGGGAUUGGCGCGCCUGGGGAUCCGGCCUCUGCAUCUGACUGGAGAUGAACACGGCCGACAAGGCCCGGGUGGGGCCCGCGGCCGACGGGCCUGCGCCGCCCGAGGAGGAGGAGGGCGAGGCGGGCGGGAAGGGGCCGGCGGCGGACGCGACCCCCGGGCCCAGCGCCGCGUUCCGCCUCCUGGUGACUCGGCGGGAGCCGGCCGUGAAGCUGCAGUAUGCAGUGAGCGGCCUGGAGCCUCUGGCCUGGUCCGAAGACCACCGCGUAUCCGUGUCCACGGCCCGCAGCAUCGCUGUGCUGGAACUCAUCUGCGACGUGCACAACCCGGGCCAGGACCUAGUUAUCCACCGCACCUCAGUGCCCGCCCCUCUCAACAGCUGCCUUCUCAAAGUUGGCUCAAAAGCAGAAGUCGCUGAGUGUAAGGAGAAAUUUGCCACCUCUAAGGACCCCACCAUCAGUCAGACUUUCAUGUUGGAUAGGGUGUUUAACCCUGAGGGCAAGGCGUUGCCCCCAAUGAGAGGAUUCAAAUACACUAGCUGGUCCCCUAUGGGCUGCGAUGCCAACGGCAGGUGCCUCCUGGCCGCGCUCACCAUGGACAAUCGCCUGACCAUCCAGGCCAACCUCAACAGACUGCAGUGGGUCCAGCUGGUCGACCUGACUGAGAUUUACGGAGAACGUCUUUAUGAGACCAGUUACAGGCUCUCUAAAAACGAGGCCCCGGAGGGGGACCUGGGGGAUUUUGCUGAGUUCCAGAGGAGACACAGCAUGCAGACCGCAGUCCGAAUGGAGUGGUCGGGCAUCUGUACCACCCAGCAGGUCAAGCACAACAACGAGUGCCGCGACGUGGGCAGCGUGCUCCUGGCAGUGCUCUUUGAAAACGGUGACAUUGCCGUGUGGCAGUUUCAGCUGCCGUUUGUCGGCAAGGAGUCCAUCUCCUCAUGCAACACAAUUGAGUCGGGAAUCAACUCGCCCAGUGUCUUGUUCUGGUGGGAAUAUGAGCACAAUAAUCGGAAAAUGAGCGGCCUCAUUGUGGGGAGUGCUUUUGGGCCUGUGAAGAUCCUCCCCGUCAACCUCAAAGCGGUGAAAGGCUAUUUCACAUUAAGGCAGCCUGUGGUCUUGUGGAAGGAAAUGGACCAGUUGCCUGUGCACAGCAUCAAGUGCGUCCCGCUUUACCACCCGUACCAGAAGUGCAGCUGCAGCUUAGUGGUGGCCGCCCGAGGGCCCUAUGUGUUCUGGUGUCUGCUUCUGAUCUCCAAAGCGGGUCUGAACGUGCACAACUCCCACGUCACGGGCCUGCACUCGCUGCCGAUUGUCUCCAUGACCGCCGACAAGCAGAAUGGGACCGUGUAUACCUGCUCCAGCGACGGGAGGGUGAGGCAGCUGAUUCCCAUCUUCACAGACGUCGCGCUCAAGUUCGAACACCAGCUGAUUAAACUUGCAGACGUGUUUGGCUCCGUGAGGACGCACGGGAUCGCGGUGAGCCCCUGCGGCGCGUACCUGGCCGUCAUCACCACCGAGGGCAUGGUCAACGGCCUCCAUCCCGUUAACAAGAACUACCAGGUCCAGUUUGUCACUCUCAAAACCUUUGAGGAGGCAGCUGCUCAGCUCCUGGAAUCUUCUGUUCAAAAUCUCUUUAAGCAGGUAGAUUUAAUAGACCUCGUUCGCUGGAAGAUUUUAAAAGAUAAACAUAUCCCUCAAUUUUUACAAGAAGCUUUGGAAAAAAAGAUUGGAAGCAGUGGGGCCACCUAUUUUUGGCGCUUCAAACUUUUCCUCCUGAGGAUUUUAUAUCAGUCAAUGCAGAAAACCCCUUCAGAAGCCUUGUGGAAACCCACCCAUGAGGACUCAAAAAUCUUACUCAGUGACUCGCCUGGGACGGGCAUUGCCGAGGAUGAACAGCAAGACGAAGGCACAUCCUCCAGACAGGUGAAUAAGCCAGGCCUUCAGGAGAGGAGCAGAGAAGGGGACCCAGAGGACCCCACAGAUGACACCCUGACCCAGUCUGGAGACGCGGGAGGCCGGGAGCCAAUGGAAGAGAAGCUCCUUGAGAUCCAAGGGAAAAUCGAAGCUGUGGAAAUGCACCUGACCAGGGAGCACAUGAAGCGAGUCUUAGGAGAAGUGUACCUGCACACCUGGAUCACAGAAAACACCAGCAUCCCCACCAGGGGCCUCUGUAACUUCCUAAUGUCCGAUGAAGAGUACGAUGACCGAACGGCACGGGUGCUCAUUGGACACAUCUCGAAGAAGAUGAACAAACAGACCUUCCCCGAGCACUGUAGUUUGUGUAAAGAGAUCUUGCCGUUCACGGAUCGCAAACAGGCGGUGUGUUCCAAUGGCCACAUUUGGCUCCGGUGCUUCUUAACCUACCAGUCCUGCCAGAGUCUGAUAUACAGGAGGUGUCUGCUGCAUGACAGCAUUGCCCGCCACCCCGCCCCGGAAGAUCCCGACUGGAUUAAGAGAUUACUGCAGAGCCCCUGCCCUUUCUGCGAUUCUCCUGUGUUCUGAGCGUCAGUGGUGGGAAGAUGCGAAAGGGCGUGUGCUCCGCUGCAGAAAACCGCUCCAGCCCGAAGAGGUGGGAUGUGCUGGAAGCAGGGCCCUCACUCAUGCAGAGCCUCUUCAUGAUUGUAAGCAGAGCCCUGGGAACUCAUUUCAGAAGUGCACUGUGACCCAGGACUAAGGGACGGAACGCAGAGAUUGAAGUCGUUCAGAGGUGGAUGGUGGCCCACUCCUCACCCAUUGACGAAUGCUCAGUUUUCAAGUGUCUUCACUGAAGCCCUGUCGUUUCUAGGAACAGAAAGACCUCUUCUAGAGAGUUGAGACAAGGGCCUGGCUGGGCUGAGUUAGGCUUCAGUCCUAACCUUGGUCUGGAAUUGCCUUUUGGCUCCAAAGAGCUUCAAUUACCUGGUCCGUGGCAGUCAGUGUACCAGCAGCAGAUAUUAAGUGUCUGAACGCGUGGGACCGUUUUGUUCUCAGUAAGCGCUGCAGAUCUGUAUCCCCCAAUUCUUGUUUUUCCUGCAUAUUGAAAACAUUUUCCUAAAACUAUAUUUUUAAGAAGCUGAAGCCAAGACUAAAACUGGUUUUAAUGUGUCAAAAGGUCAGGUGACUCUUGUAAGUUAAUAAUUGUGACAGUUUUAAUCCUUUUCCCACGUCACCCGAUUUCCUGCCCCAACUCCUAAAUAUUUAUAAGGAUGUCAAGUACUCCGAUCGCCUGUGUCUUGUCCCCGCUUCAGAUUUAACUGUGAUACCCUCAAUGAGUUAUUGUACAUAGAAGAAAAAGAAUAUUUUCUCCUUUUAGUAUUAAAACUUUCAGUAUUUUUAAUGCUGACAUUUCCAGACAUUUCAUUUAUAUCCGGUAUAGGAGUGCAGAGUCUACCUAGAAGCUUCCAGAAAGAGACGGCCACUCAGAGGGGCAGACACUUGCGCUCUGGUGCUCCAAGGGUGUGCAGCUUAGUGGGCAGAGCUUGGGACUCCUCUCUGCAAAGGCUCUUGAUAUUUAUCAUACAGGUAUUUUCUGGGGGCUGUUAGGAGAUGUUAGAUGUUCAUUGCUAUUAAACCCUAAAGUAAAAAAUAGACAUUCUGGAGUUACAGUGUUUGGGGAUUUUUAAAUAAGUACCCUAGGGAUUGGUGCUGCAAUGUACACAUUUUAAAUGGUGCGUAUUUCUGGGAAGUUGGAUGGGAAGUACAAAAUGUGAAAUUCUAACUCAGCUACAUGCUAUCUAUUUUGCCUUCAUUUUAACAGUUUCCUGCUUUUAUUUUGUAUCCUUAGUGACAUUUCGUCCUCACUUUGGAAAUACUUGCUAUUUGGGUAACACUGUAACAGAAACAUACUACACACUUGUGUUCGUGUUUCUUCUGUUUGUGUGGUGAGUGGGGACAGAGCCCCAGCAGGCACUUCCAAACAGUCUGCAUUGAAAUGUCUUUUUUUCCUAUUCAUAAUUUUGUUUGUCUCUAAUCUUUACGUGUUUGCUGGUGUCCUCUGCUCCUCUCUCUCACUUUGGCGGUAAUUUCAGUAGCGUUCAUCCAGACUUUAGGAUCCGGUCUGUUAAACUGAUUUUCAAGAAGGAGAACCGGUGGGCACUGAAAUCAUGAAUAACGCAAGUCAGAAGGUUGUGUAGUUGCAGUUGUUUGUACUGGUCACUGUUUCACUUUACAAUAAAUAUGACAGUAAGUUUGGGAUUGUGUCAGGGAAUUAUUGCAGUUUUAAUCAUGGAAAACUUAGUUUCGCUUAGUUUUUUGUUCCUAAUCAGCAGUCAGCAGUUGAUUUGUUCUCUUUGGGGAAUAUUGUGCUGCUGCCAUUCUAAAACUUACACUGUUUUUAUUUAAAGCAGUUGUGCGUUCAACCUUGGUGCCAUCAGCACCACGCUCCCACCAACGGAGCUAACCGGCCACCCCAGCAUGGCAACUGUUUCGCUAGAACAUGGCUUCUCUCUGCAGGGGGCUGGCCCCCGGUGGCGUUCUAAACACUGAAAGCCCACCAGCCCAAAGUCCUGCACACCCAUUUGGGAGGCCUUCCCCCUUUUCCUGCCCCGCCCCACCCAUGGAGGUUCACCCACUGACCCAUGAGAAUGGAAGGUUCUGUGUUAACGGCAGCACCACAGACAGUGAGUGCGGUGCACGCUUUCACUAGGGCUCAGCAUUCCUGACGGCAGUGGUGACCAGUGAAACCUUGCAAAAGUGGGUAAGACCAGGCAUCUUCAGACUAAUUGCCUGUCCGAGUUUAAACGUGAGAUCCUCAUGAUAUCCUCGCUGCCUUCCUGACAUUUGCCUGAUCUAGUGGAUUUCAAGUGUAUUUCAGCUGUCACUGUAAUAACUGUUUCAGGAAGGGCCGAUGGAGGUGAUGUAUCUGCACUGCAUUGAAGCCCGGGGCAGAGUCUAUACAAUGAGACCUUUUAAGCUACAACACGGUUGCAUUUUGGGAGUCUGAUAUCCACACCUGUGUCACAUUUUCUCUGCCUGGGGUUAAUUUGUUCCUAUUAUUCCAGAUCAGAAAUUGAUAGCUUAUUAUACUUGAUAUUUAUUCUGAAAUCCUCCUGUGUCCACCAUCCAGAUUUCAAGCAAUCUCUACCUACUAUUAUAUCUGCCAAAACUACCAAUUAUUUUUCAAUGUCACAAGUUAUUAGAACCACUGGCACAGCUCGUAGUUGAGUGUGACAUUUUUCUGCUUCUCCCUCUAAGAAGUUUUUGUGAAUGUUACUGUUGAAUGUUACUGUGUAGGUUAGACCUACCGUGUUUCCCCGAAAAUAAGAUCUAGCCGGACAAUUAACUCUAAUGCGUCU